AUGCCACAAUUCCGCAUUCUCCACAUCGGCGACAACAUCAAAUACAACCACGAUGUGUACGCGCGCUUCUCGUCAGAAUUCGAGAUCAUUCAGCCGAGCGCCGAAGAGCGCGAAAGGGAAGAGUUCAUGCGGGCCUUGAAAGAGCGUCGCUGGGGGGACUUCCACGCCAUCUUCCGGCCCUUCUGGAACACGGGGGGCGAGAUGGGCCGCUGGGACAGCGAGUUGAUUCCGCUUUUGCCCAAGAGCGUGAAGAUCAUGGCGUCCGCCGGGGCCGGGUAUGACUGGGCGGAUGUGGAUGUGUUUGCUGAGCAUGGAAUAAUCUACUGCAACGGGGCAGCGGCCUCGUCGGAAUCCGUCGCCGACAUGACGAUCUUCCUGAUCCUGUCCGUCUUCCGCAACCUAGCCUGGUCCCACCAAGCCGCCCACUCCGCCAACCCGCAAGCCUUCGCCGACGCCCACAAAAACUCCCCGCUCACAGCGCGCAACCCGCGCAACCACGUCCUGGGCAUCAUUGGGCUGGGCCAGAUCGGGUACAUGAUCGCGCAGAAAGCCCACGCCGCCUUCGGCAUGAAGAUCGCCUACCACGAUCUCUUCCGGAAGACUCCCGAGCAGGAGUCUCGUGUCGGGGCGACGUACUACAAGGAUUUGGAAUCGUUGCUCGCGACCGCGGACUGUGUCGUUGUUGCCACGCCGUUUGCUGGUAAGACCUUGCUGACGCUGGAGCGGUUUAGGCAGUUUAAGAAGGGGUCGCGGUUUAUUAAUAUCGCGCGCGGGUCGCUGGUCGAUGAGGAGGCCCUCGUCCAGGUCCUGGAUGAGGGCCAUUUGGCUGCCGCUGGGCUGGAUGUUCAUGCGAAUGAGCCUUAUGUGCAUCCGCGCUUAGUGAAGCAUCCUCGUGUCAUGGCCAUGUCGCAUAAUGCCGGUGGCACUGUCGAUACCCAUAUUGGGUUCGAGAGGUUGGCCAUGGAGAAUAUUGAGGGCUUUUUGUUGAAGGGCAAGGCUUUGACGCCGGUUAAUGCGCAUUUGUUGAAGAGUAAGAGUUCUUUGUAG